UGCAAAACUGAAUGAAAUUAAAACGCGCGAAAUGCUGAGCGCACCGCCUUGCAGACGGGUGAGCGAGGCAGCUAUGCCUUCGCCACAGGGUCUCAAGACCUGUGUGGCCUGGGACCCGGGGGCGGAGCGCAGCGGGGACCUAGCCGAUUCUGCCCCGCCCACGCAGGGCCGAAGCCGGUCGAAUGACUUGGUGCAACGUGGUGGUGGCGGCGGCGCGGGUUCUUCCGGGCUCCGGAGCUUCCUGCCAAGCACCGCGCAGCCGCCUCGGCCGCGGGAGCCCCCGGUGCAGGCCUCGCGGGUGCCGGCCUCCCUGCGCCGCCGCCCGCAAGGUGCGCGCUGUGCAGUGCGCAUCAUGAGCGUCCGGCAGAUGCUGCUGCUGCUCGCGCUCCUGGCCUCGCCCGCCGCCCUCGCAAGUAGAGCUGUGUCCGCCCCAGCCUCCCAGCCCGAAGCGGAGCAGCGGCCGCUGUCCGGCUCCGGGCCUCCGAACGCCACCCAACUGGGAACUGGGGUGACCGGAGGGGGUAGCUCCAACAGCAGCGGCGACGCCUUGGUGACCCGCAUCUCCACCCUGCUCCGCGACCUGCCCACGCUGAAGGCGGCGGUGAUCGUGGCGUGUGCCUUCAGCGCACUGCUGGUCGCCUGCUUACUGCUGCGCGUCUUCAGAUGUUUCUUCAACCUAGCACGUCUCAGUGAACACAGCAGGAAGCUCUGGCCACUUCGCAAAGCCAAGUGCACCCUCCAGAUAGCUGUGAAUCAACCAGGAGGAGAUGUAGGGCUGGCUGCCUGA